AUUAUUUCUUGUAUUUUUUGUUCCUAGAAGUUUCCUACCUCAUAAUAUUUGGGAAUAUCAUGUCGCCUUCGUUAAUUGACGCUGUUGAGGAAACACGACAGGAGCUGGGAGCUCAAGAUGUCGCCCCUGUCAAGCAAAAUGGAUUCAGUCCAUCCCAAUUUAAAAACCCAAGCCUUCAAGUCACAGCUGAUCACAAAGUAAAAAUGGUGGAUGCGCCAAUUCGAAAGCCUGGCAGCGGGGAGGUUUUACUUCAUAUCAAAGCGACAGGAAUCUGCGGAUCUGAUAUCCAUUUCUGGAAGCGAGGCAGGAUUGGGUCGCUCACUGUUGAAGGCGAUUGUAUUCUUGGCCAUGAAGCUGCAGGGGUUAUUUUAGAGAUCGGGGAGGGGGUAUCGGGUCUACAAAAGGGAGACCGCGUCGCGUUGGAACCACAGAUCCCCUGCGGAACGUGCUUUUCGUGUACAACAGGACGUUCCAACCUAUGUCCCGAUGUUCAAUUUAUCGGUGUUUAUCCACACCAUGGUUCACUGCAAAGAUUCGUUGUCCACCCUGCUAAAUGGGUUCAUAAACUUCCAGAAAAUGUAUCAUACGCACAGGGUGCCCUUCUUGAACCCCUCUCCGUAGUCAUGCACAGUCUCUCUCGUACUCGCCUAUCACUCGGUCGCGGAGCCGUGAUUUGCGGUGCAGGACCAAUUGGGCUCAUUGCUCUUGCAGCAGCACGAGCGUCCGGAGCCCAUCCGCUUGUAAUCACUGACUUGGAGCCGAAACGCCUGGCCUUUGCGAAAGACUUUGUGCCGUCUUGCCAGACAUAUCAAGUCGAUCCUACGCUAAAUCCAGAAGGGAAUGCAAAAGCGAUACGAGCUUUAUUCGGCAGUACAGAGUACGAAGCGCCAGAGACCAUCUUAGAAUGCACGGGCGUUGAAUCAAGUGUUAUCACGGCUUCUUUUACAGUCCGGAGAGGAGGAGACCUAGUGGUUAUUGGUGUUGGAAAGGACAUCAUGAACAACCUGCCAUUUAUGCAUAUAAGCUUAUCGGAGAUUAACUUGAAAUUUAUCAAUCGAUACUGUGAUACCUGGCCAGCAGGUAUAUCAGCAUUGAGUGGGGGCGUACUCAAUCUUGACAAGUUAAUUACGCACACCUUCCCGCUGGAACAAGCUUUGGACGCGAUGGAAUUAUGUUCUAAUGUUGCGUUGGGGAGUAUAAAAAUCCAAGUCGUGGAUGAUCGGGACAUCGAGCCCUGAGGUAAGAGGGA